AAGCGGAUCUAGACCUCAUCCAUGUGGCGAUUAUGAAUGCCGGAAUUAGCACCCUGUAUCCAAGCAUUAUUGAUAAUUUACACAAGCGCGAUCGCCGGCCUUUGAUGGCACUUCUUUUGACUGCUCUCCCAAAUCUCACCACCGUCUGUGCACAUGUGCCACCAUCUGACCCAGUUUUGGGAACAGUAUUGCAGAAUAUAUUGAGCAUUCAACAGAGUAACAAUUCCCAACCAUCGCCUUUGGCCAGUCUAGGGGAGCUGUAUCUCUUUGGUGAAGUGCCUAUCGCCUCGGGGCGCGCGAGACCCGACAAGGCACCCGGUGCGGACGGGACUUUCCAGCUGAACCAUCUAUGGCCAGUCCUCUACUUAAAAGGACUGAAAACGCUUUCCCUGUAUGGUAUUGAUACCACAGCUAUCCAGCCAAAAGACAAUCACAGGUUUCCUAGAUGCUAAAAUUCAAUGUUCGCUAGUGUGAUCAGUCUAAGUCAAAGUCAACCUGGAGUGAACAACUAUGGAUCAAUCCUCACAGCGCGACAAGACCGACGAACGUUGGGGAUAUGUUGACAAGUGUAGCGGCCACUUUACGCGUUUGACAAACUAAGUUGAGUGUCUUGCAUUGUGCCCGGUGAACCUCAAGUGAAUCAAAUACAUAUUCUACUAUGGUCUUCUUGCGGGAGUGUCCAAGUCAAAGAAAUAAAUACUCUGCGGAGGGGAUACCUGUCCUCGGCUAAACUCUUUGGCAACCAAAUGUGCUCGAAAUACCAAAAAAAUGUCGUUUAUACGUACGCCCCGGUUAG